AUGUCCGGUUCGACGUCACUCGAGGCUCCUCCUGCCUCUCCGGUGGAUAUCGGAAUUAGGCUCGAGAAAAUUCGCUGCAAACACGAGGAAAUUGAAAGAUUGGAGCAAUUGGUUAUGGAAGAUCUAAAGACAGAAGAGACUUGUCCGAUGAAGCAAUUGUUGCAAGGCCACCGUCUCCGAAGCUUGGCUAAGUCUAUCAUGCUUAAGUCUACGAAACUUGUUGAAACCUAUGAAAAGAUUGAAGGUGAUACAGUGCCGCUUCGUUUCCAGAGUCCAUCAUCUACAGUGUCUAGUGCCUUUUCUUCUCGUUUAAAAGAGAUUCUUGAAUAUUAUGGAACGCAUACUUGUGCACCCCUGGUAGACUAUGAAGCACCCACCAUGGAGGAACCAGUCAUUGCCUUUACCGCAGAGGAGUGCUUUGGUCGGUACUUGGAAUUGCACGAUCUGCAUAACCAGUACAUCAACUCUAGUUUCGGUGAAAGGGUUGAUUAUUCUGCUUACCUUGAUGUUUUUUCUCAACCAGAGAAGAUACCUCCUAAACUUAAGCUGUCUAGGCAAUACACAGAGUAUAUGGAAGCUCUGCUAAGGUAUUUGAUCUGCUUUUUCAAGCGAGCCCAUCCGUUGCCAGAUCCGGACAGAAUACUUUCUAAGGUUGAAGCUGAUCUAGAAGAGCAGUAUGGAGCCAAGAAAGUGGGAGGCUUGGAGAAACAGGGCCAAGAAAAUGAUCUUGAACGUUUGGAAAGGAAACAGUUGCUAAUGGAGGCCCAGGUGAAGAAACUCUGCAAUUUACUCGAUGAGACAAUCGAAAGGACAAAACACAAGGGUGAGGCUUUGGCAUUUGAAGUUGGUACAGAAACAGAAAGUGGUGCAAUGGGUUGGGAUGGCAAGCCUGUACCAUACUGGCUCCACAAACUUGGCCAGGUGUAUGAAUGCGAGAUAUGCAAGAACUAUGGCUAUGCAGGGAAGGUGGCGUUUGAGAGACAUUUUGAAGAAGGGCGCCACCAACGCCAAUUUCGUUGCUUAGGAAUUCCAAUCACAGACAAGUUGAACGGAGUCGCUUCGAUUCAGGAAGCAAAAGAAAUUAUGGGGAUGUCAAAGAGGCGGAGGCUCCACCGGCCACUCAAUACUGAUGGGAAACAACAGAUAACGGAAGGGAAGGGUCCAGAUGAAGCUCCGGCAAUGCCAACUCCAGGCAUCACAAGUGUAUUGGAGAAAACCGUGGGCAUCCUUUUAGAUAAAGGGUUAAAGACUGAGAGGAGGAUCAUAGAGCUGUAUGGGGAUGUAGCAGGAUUCGAGUUUUUGAGAAGCAGUGAUCCUCAUCACGCAUAUUACAAGCACAGGCUAAAUGAACUCCGAGCUCGAGCUCAUGCUACUGGCUCGGCAGCUACACGUGAAUGUUCACGGGAAAGGCCCCAUCCGGCUGAGUUAGGGGUUUCUCGUGCUCCUCUGCCUCGUGAACCUCACAUGUUUACAUGCAGACUCCCUGAAGGGAUCACGGGCAAGGAGGUUCAAGUUAUUAAGCUCACAGCGCUGUUUUAUGCGCUGAAUGGGGGAUGUUACUGGGAGGGUUGUAGUGAAAGAUGGAAUAAGGAUCCGGAGUUUAUGAAGCCAACUCGUGGCGGCAGCAGCAGGUCCAGUUUUUUCUAUCGACUUUCUAAUGCGUAUGUGGAACUAGCAAGUCCUCCCGAGAGCUUGAUAGAAACGCUGAGGGAGAAUGCCGCUGAUGUGGAGACGGUUCUUGGGAAUUGUUUCCUUCGUCUUCAAUGGUGGCGAUUCGUGGAGGAGCGCAUGGAGAAAGUAAGGGAGCACAACGCAAGGGAGGACGCGAUCAGGUGUGCUCCACUUCCAAUUGCCCGCCUCAUGGAGAUGGCCCAAAUUGCUUCCUCCAUUGCCGCUGCUGACUCCAUGAUCACGUCAUCCCUCUAA